CACACACAGCUAGCGAGCAGCAAGCGGAUUUACUUGUUACUAGCUUUCUGGAAACAUCACCUGCUAGUUUUAUUUUUAUUUUUUUGAACACGACGUAGUUACAUGUCUUGAGGUUUGUGGGUGAAGUCUUAAAGGAGAGUUUUGGAUGCGGUAGCUGCGUGAACUCGCGCUAGGCGAGGCUGAAGGAAGAACACGUUGCCGUCUUUGUCAGGCUGUGGGGACAAACAGGCAGUAAGUGAAGACACGCCAUCUGGCUGUUGCACAGUUUAAAUAGAAAGACACACGUCGAUCUCGUGCUCAGGAUGCCUUGCCACAAUCAGCAACUGAACAAUGUCAACAGUGGCCAGGAGCACCCAAUGAAGCAAGUACGAUUUGCAAACAACAACAACAACAGCAGCAGCAGCAGCAGCAGUGUGCCUGCAGAGGUGUCCAACUCUCAACCAUCUGAUGUCACCAUACAGCCUGACAGUCAGGAUAACCUUGGACUUCCUCAGCUCAAACUGCUCCCUCUGAACGACCAGAUACGAGAAUUACAGACUAUAAUCAGAGACAAGACAACAAGCAGAGGAGACUUUGUGUUUUGUGCUGAUCGACUGAUCAGACUAGUAGUUGAAGAGGGUUUGAAUCAGCUUCCUUAUUCAGAGUGCACUGUGACCACACCAACAGGGUACAAGUAUGAAGGUGUCAAGUUUGAAAGAGGCAACUGUGGAGUCAGCAUAAUGAGGAGUGGUGAGGCCAUGGAGCAGGGCCUACGGGACUGCUGCCGCUCCAUCCGGAUUGGAAAGAUCCUCAUCCAGAGUGAUGAGGAGACACAGAAAGCCAAGGUGUACUAUGCCAAAUUCCCUCCUGAUGUAUACAGGAGAAAAGUGCUGCUCAUGUACCCCAUCCUCAGUACAGGGAACACUGUGAUUGAGGCAGUGAGGGUGCUGAUAGAGCAUGGAGUUCAGCCCAGACAUAUUAUCCUCCUCAGCCUCUUCUCCACGCCUCACGGAGCCAAUUCUAUAAUCCAGGAGUUCCCAGACAUCACCAUCUUGACCACAGAGGUUCAUCCAGUGGCUCCAACUCAUUUUGGACAGAGGUACUUUGGCACCAACUGAACCAACGACAACCAGAUGAACAUGAUCUGCUUUUUGCUUUUCAGUAUAUUUUGUGUUGUUUAUUUAAAUGUAUCUCAUGUUCUCCUUGUCGUGCCAAAUACUGCUACUUGAUCUCCAAAGUUCCCGAACUGAUAUAAACUGAUGAACCUGA